UUCUUUCCUUUGCUUCUUUGGAUAAGUCUCCCUCUUAACGAAAUCUGUUUGAUGCCCUCGUUUCCUUUCUUCCCUCUCUAUCUUGGUAAAUAGUCUCGGCGGUCACGAUGUCCAACGUCGAUUUAUCCAGUGACGGCUUCAUUGGCCUAGACUACGACUCUAGGAACUAUCUCCAGGCGACGCCAUGGCCCGUGGCAGUGGAUCACCAGCCCUCCCAGAGACCCGAUGGAUCGCGAGAUAUCUCGCCCUUACAAACCAGCGGUCACGCCUAUGAUCAGUCGGUAGUCCAAGACCCUAACUUGAUCGUUGACUGGCAAUUCCACGGGCAGCAUUUGCAACCCCACCUUCAGUACACUCAAGAGGAAGCGUCGUCCGCCCCUCAGUACGCUACCGCCAGCUAUGGCAUGCCCCUCCACUCUUCGCCCGUGGAUCUGAUGCCCCCAACCCAUGACCAUAUGAGCACGAGCCUGUUGGAUGGGCCCUACUUGUCACUGUCCGCUCCAGUGGAGAUGGUGCCAUUUCCCUAUCAAGACUUCCAGGCCGACCUCAUGGGUUUCACGGCCCCCCACGGUCUCCCGGAUAUGACCUCCUAUGCGGCGCCGCACAAUCUGAUCGAGAGCAGCUCACCGACCGACACUUAUCUGGAGGUCCGGUCUCUCACCAGUUCAAGCAGCGACAACGGUUGGAAUACCAUUGAGACCCGGCGCCCUCACGAGUUCACCUAUCCAGAUCAAUUCUUCAUCAAUCCUACGCAGACGCUACACGACAGGAGCUUGUCAGAAUCGUCCUACUCGACGUCUUACGGCAGUUUUGUUGAGAUCGCCAAUCCGAUCAACUCUCCUGGCUCUGACACCAACUUCGAUGCGGCUUUCAACAACAGCUUGACCCGGCGUGUGUCCUACGACCACACUUCGCACGGCUCAGUGUCCCCCACGGCAGUCAGCCCUGUGAACAUCGUACGACCCGUUCCGGUGCCUUCGAAGAAGCCGACUUCUCCCCGAUCGGCCGCCUCGCAGUCAUCUUCUGCUUCACCCCCGAGCAGAAAGCCUUCUCGCAAGAGCCCGAUUGCUGCGAAGACCGCCGAGACCAAGGUCCGGAAGCAAACGCAGAAUGGGAAGCCGGAGACCACCGAGAAGCGAAUCGGCAAGCGCAAGGGUCCGCUCAAGCCCGACCAGCGGAAGCAGGCCAGCGAGAUACGGAAGCUGAGAGCUUGCCUGCGUUGCAAGUUCCUCAAGAAGACUUGUGACAAAGGUGAACCUUGCGCCGGUUGUCAACCGUCGCAUGCUCGCCUGUGGCAGGUUCCGUGCACCCGUAUUGACAUCAAGGAAAUCGGCUACUUCAUGAAGGACUGGAAAGCAGACUAUGAGCGCCACAUCUCCCUUGGAUUCUCGGUUGGGAACAUCAAGGGUUUCUCGGAACACGAGACGACCCUCUUCAUCACUCACGGCUAUGGUCAGAUUCUCCCGAUCAACGCUCGUGAGGUGUAUGUGCGAGACGAGCAAUGCUUCAGCGUUGACUGGGUUGAGACCAUGCAUCGCGAGCCUACUCAGUUCGAGGUUGAAACCGCCAAGUUGUCUGCUGGGAUGGAGGGUAUCUCGCACGCUAUGCUUUCCGAAUAUCUCGAUCGCCACAUUGAUGGCAACGGUACCUUUGAGAAGUUUGUCGACGACUACUUCGAGGGCACGCCUUUCUUGACCCAGAUGCUGAAGACCGCUUUCCGCUACUAUUACCGCACGAAGCUGCCGGUCAUUCGCAAGGCCUUGAAGCUCAUCAUUGCCUACAAUCUGACGCUCCACGUGACUAUGGUCGAAGGUCUAGGUGAGGAGCAAUGCAUGCCUGGAAAGAUCGAUUCAUCAUCAUCGCGGUUCAAGGGCAAGACGAUGGCCCCAGUCAUGAUCAAUUUUCAGAUCAAGUGUGCCAUGGCCAACAUGUGGCGUGAGUUGCAGAAGGAUGUGCUGGAGGAGCUAUCAAGCCUCUACUCCAGCGUCUACAGCGGCGACAAGUUGAAGAACUGGCCCACCAUCUUCAUCCUGGCCUCGAUCCUUCUCGCAGUCUGGGAGGAAAUGCAAUUUGACUGCCACUACCGUACACCAGUGAGUAGCUAUGAACUUGAAUGAGAUGGAAACAGGAACUGACCCCCGCUCAGGAACCUGCUGCAGUGGAGAAAUUCUGCAACGAUAUGGAGACCACCCCUGUUGGCGUCAUUGUUGGCCUAUUCCAGGCGAUCUCACAGAAGCUUCCCGCCUUCACGGACUGGGAGACCACGAAACAUCACCACCUGCUGCACUCGAACCCUGAUGUCUGUACC